AAGACAUAACCUCAAUUUUCCCAUAUCCACCAAAUAAAUAGUAUUCUCGUUGAUUCCGUUUUAUUUGUGAAGCAAAUAGUAGCAGUUUGUUUUAGUUCGGAAAAAUGGUGAAAAAGAAGAUUACAAGUAAGAAGCUAUAUGAAUUGCUGGUGAAUUGCAGGAAGCCAGCCGAAAAUGCAACCUAUAUGCAAAACCGAAAUCCACGUAAUUUAGAAAUGAUGAGAAUCGCCUAUCGGCCCGACGGAUACCACUUGGAAACGCCAGGAAGGAGAUUUUGGCAUAAAUUGGUGGUCGACAAGAGUGCAAAAGGUUUGACAGCGAAAGUUCAGCAUUACACAGGUCGAAUAGUAUUGGAGUCGAGUACUGAAGAAUGGUCAUUGGCAAAACAACUCUACAGAACGUAUGAUAUGGCAGCGUACAUCAACUUUGGCCGUAUAUUCGCACAAAGAUGCCUUGAAGCGGGUAUUAUCGAAGUGGAAAACUUCAAUGAGGCGAUACCAGGUGGAAAAUUGGAUAAAUUUUUAAAAGAACUCGAAAAGAAUGGCCUUAAAUUAACUGAAUCACCGCAAUACGUUAAGAAACAUGCUCCCGACACCAUUCGAAUGGACAAACCAUGGAUGAUACAAAAUGACUAG